UCCUCUGUUCGUUCAUUUAUGGUUGUUGCGAUCGGAAGGAAAAAGGGGGUGAUGGCGAUGGCGGAAGCGAUAUUCCUUGACGGCGUCUGCAACAAGAACAUGAUGCAGUUGAAGCUCAACGUCGUCCUCUUCCUCGUCUGCUACAAUGACAACUUAUUUUAGCGACGUCUGUGUUGGUUCAAUUGCAUGUCGGCUUGAGAAAAAGGAAGGAGGGGCUGUGUCUAUUUACAUUAUGAUCCUAGGUGUUUGGGCACCAUACCGUCGGCUUGGAAUUGGCACAAAAUUGUUGAAACAUGUGCUCAAUUUAUCGGAGAAGCAGAAUAAUAUAUCAGAUAUAUACUUGCAUGUGCUGACAAAUAAUGAAGAUGCAAUUGCCUAAUACAAGAAGUUUGGAUUUGAAAUUGUAGAUACGAUACAAAAUUACUAUGUGAACAUCAGCCCACCAGAUUGUUAUGUUGUAAGAAAAGAAGUUCAUGCUAAGAAAUGAUCCCUACAACUCAGUUAUUCAAGGCCACAGGAUGACAUACCUGCAACUAAACUCAGUUACUCAGUAUUUAGGGUUGUUGUUGUAGCUCCACUCUAUGUAUCUGUGGAAAUUGUGAAUCUCGAGCAGAACACUACAUUUUGCUGACAAUGGAAGUGGUUUAGUGUGAGUUUUGCUGGUCCAGACUAACAAAAUGAUUGGUAAUGAGUAGCCGCACCUUUCAGAUCUCUCGUGUCUGAUUUGAUGAACGAGAU